UUCUAUUUAAGGUAUUAAUGUGUGCAGUAAUACAUCAUGGAAAAAUCUCACCUGAUGGAAUUUAUGUGUGGUGGUUUGGCUGCAUGUUGUGCCGGAAUGUUCACCAAUCCACUUGAGGUUGUUAAAACAAGAAUGCAGCUUCAAGGGGAGUUAAUGAAGAAAGGACAGUAUACAGUUCAUUACAAGAAUUCAUUCCAUGCCUUUUACACUAUUGGUAAGACAGAUGGAGUUUUGGCUCUUCAAAAAGGACUGGUACCAGCCCUAUGGUACCAAAUGUUUAUGAAUGGGGUCCGCCUAGGCACAUAUCAAGUUAUCAUUAACAUGGGGCUGACCAAAGAUGAGAAUGGGAAUGUUAAAUGGGCUCGUAGUGUGCUGGCAGGAGCAUUCUCUGGUUGCCUAGGUGCAGCUGUAGGAAGUCCAUUCUAUAUGGUGAAGACACACCUUCAGGCCAGGGCUAACCAGGCUAUUGCUGUGGGAACACAACAUCCACAUGAUUCCAUGAUGAAAGCAUUCACGGCUAUCUUCAAACAACACGGAGUUUUAGGUUUAUGGCGAGGUACAACAGCGGCUGUGUCAAGGGUAAUGGUCGGAUCUGCAGCUCAACUUUCAACAUUCAGCACUGCUAAAGAAUAUAUUGUUAACUUAAAGUUUUUUGAAGAAAACAGCGUGUUUAACUCGUUGUUAGCUAGUAUCAGUGGUGGUUUUGUUGUGGUGGCGUGUAUGACGCCAUUUGAUGUCGUGUCAACACGUAUGUACAAUCAACCAGUUAAUCAACAAGGAUUUGGGACAAUGUAUCGCAAUGUGCCUGACUGUUUCAUAAAAAUAUUUCGUAAGGAAGGAGUAUGGGGAUUUUAUAAAGGCUGGGGACCAUCAUUUUUCAGACUGGUUCCCCAUACUGUACUUAGCCUUGUGUUCUGGGACCAAUUAAGAAUUUUACAUCAUAAGUUAACAAAGGAGGAUGAUUCAGUGGUAGGAAGUUGAAACUGGUAUAUGUGUCUAGUGAAAUAUCAAAUUAUAUCAAAAUAUCAGGGAGAUAUUUUAUAUACAUGUAUAUCUCACUAUAUGCUCAACAAAAUUUCUAAACAUUUAUAGUGUAAAAUUGUUUACUGUAUUGAAACCAACAAAUUUUUGGCCCCGUAU